GACAGAAUGGCUGCUAAGAUAGUUGUAGUGGCGAUCGCCGUGAUGGUAUGUAUGGUGAGCGGUAAAGACUACUGCAUGCCUCACCAAUCGUGCUGGCCGAAUGCGGAAACCAUAGAGAAGUUCGACAAUUCUUUCACUACAAAAGCAAAUGUUCUGACUCCAGACCUGGGCCCGUGGUUUUGGCUAGCGUGUACAAUGAAGAACACAUAUCAGCAAAGGAAGCCUGGAAUGGUCGUCACAGCGCGUACGACCGAAGAUGUGCAGAAAGCAGUUCUGUUCGCUAACGAGCACAACAUCCGCAUCACAGUCGCGUCGUCUGGUCACUGCUACGUCGGCAGGCCCGCAGAGGACGGCAGUCUUCUCAUCAACCUAGGAGCCAUGAUAGCGAUGGAGAUCAAGACUAAUGUUCCUACUCUAUCAGACACGGGAGCGAUCGCCAUCGUGCAGCCAGCUGUGACGAACGCCGUGAUUCACAACAGUGUCAGUGCGGCGGGCUACCUUGCCCCAGCUGGCAGCUGUCCGACUGUUGCGAUGGGUGGGUUUCUUAUAGGCGGUGGUCAUAGCCCGAACACCAGAAGUCUCGGCCUUGGCGCAGACAACCUCAUUGCGGCCACCAUGGUUCUAGCCGAUGGCGCUAUAGCAGAGCUGAGCGAGUCUGGAACAGUGACUACGGAUAGAGAUGGCCAGGUACGCUCGACGCCUGACGCUGACCUGUUCUGGGCCAUACGCGGAGGAGGGGGCGCCUUCGGUGUCGUAACGCAGUACACCGUGAAGCUGCAUGAAGCCAACCCAGGCUUCACGUCGCUCAUAUGCGCGUAUCCAUUCAACAGCGUCGUCGGCAGCGACAUCUACGCCGAGGAUAUACUCACGCAUUACUUCCUUAACACUCUGCCGAUCAUGGACAAUUACUGGAGCGGUUACCUCUUAAUCAGUACCGGCAUCCCAAACCCGCAAGGCAGCCGGACACCGGGGAAAGUGGUUUUCGCCCUCCUGCACAACGGCAAGGCCGACGAGGCGGCACGCGCGCAGGUUCAGCCGCUGGUCGACUAUCGUCCGGAUUGGACAACGGGCAAGGAGUGCUCGUUCAAGGAUUACGCGAACUUCUGGGAGUACCAGCAGUACGUGAACGAUCCGACGGGCUUCCCCAUCGCCAUCGACAACCGUCUGCAGCAACCGGAGUUUCUCACCCGCGAGUUUGCCGCCGAGAUGACUCGCCUCAUGUACGAUGCAGCGGGGCGUGGCGACGAGUACGUCGUCGUCUCGUGCACCGCCGCCCACGUCGGAGGUAUGACAAGCGUGGGUCGGAACGAGACGGCCGUCAGCGACUAUUUACAUGACGCAGUAUUCUCGAGCACCUGUGGCGCACUUAUGAAUAAGAAUUACGGUGAAGAUAGGAUACUCAGAUUCUUCAGUGAUGAGUGGUAUCCAAUGAUGAAGAAAUACGGCCGUGGUGUUUACUACAACGAACCCGGAUUUGAUAUCCCGGAUUACGCUGAAGAAUUCUGGGGUCCAAAAUAUGACCGUUUACUCGAGAUAAAAAAGAAAUAUGAUCCAAAUAACGCGUUCAAUUGCAACCAAUGCGUUGGCUGGGAGAAGGUAACGAAUGGCAGUGGAUACCGAUUUUCCUAUACAAAAAACGUAAUCUUUCUCUUAGCUUUCGUGGCAGCACUUGUUGUCUAAAAUAGAAUAUUCUGCUUUAAGAUUAAGUUUCUUUGCAGUAGGUAAUGCCAUCCAGUUCUUAAUUCGUCUAAUAAUUAUCUACGGUAUUUUUAAUAUAAUCCCCAUCAUUCUCAUGCGAAUGCUCUCUUCAUCACAUUUGCCUUACUUAAUGUGUAUUAUGUAGCUAGAGUGAGUGUCCUUCAUUAAUUUUAUAUAGUAGACAAUGAAAACAAUGCCAUAGAAAUGAGUCGGAUAGAGGUAAAAUUUAACGCACGUGGAGACUGCUUUAGCUCCCACCCAGCGCCCACUCUGAACGCAUUCACUAUCGGGUUCUAAUUAAACGCUUAAUUAGUGGCAAGAGCACGGAUGAUAAUCCGUUGGCUGAAGUCAUUUCCCUCCUGGUGAUGGCCGUGACCAUGAAAUUAUUCAAAUGUGAAUGCAAGCUUGCGUGGCAUUCCCCUCCUGUGCUGCUACCUGCCGGCGAAAAUGCAUACAAACCUUGUCACAGCCGCUCGAUGAAAUUAUAUAAAUUUUGUGAAUUCUAACAAUUACACGACAAUAAACGAACAGAUCAAAUCUA